CAGCUUGGGAGGACAUGCUUCAUGGAUAGCUCUCAGCAAAGGUAUGUCUCGAGUCCAAUGCACGUAUGCGGGAAUGGCUCAACCGUACAAAGACCCACGUCUCUCGUUUGGCAUUCCCAUCAUUGGGUGCCCCGACUACAUCAGUCUCAUGACGCAACGUGCCCAACGGGCAUCGGUGCCGUUCGCUCCGCCUGUUGUACCAGAUUUAUUUGUGGAGUACGUGAAGAAGAAUGAUCCUGCGCAGCAGCCGUACAAAGCCACAGACCAGUCGAAUCCAUUCCUGGGCAAGAAAGUCUGCGUGCUUUCCGGAGGUGCAGACACACUGGUUCCAUGGACGUCAAGCAAAGAAUUCGUAGAGGGUCUGGAAGUAGGCGAUGGUGUCAAGGAGGUGUUUGUGGAGGAGGGAGCUGGACACGAGUGCACUCCUGCUAUGGUGGAUAAGCUUGCCAAGUUUGCGUCCAUUCUACUUGCACAAGCGGGAAUCCUGACAUCGACGCGCCCAGAGGGCAUGGAUGAGACUGAACGGACAAGCGCGGCGUGCAUACGCGUCACUGGCCAUGGAAAGAUGAAAGACUUUAUUCGGCACGCACUCGAGCACUUUCAGAGCAAACCUGGUGAACCGCUGACACUCAAGACACCGCCAACAGAGGUGGGAAGCUCGGCCAUUCCUCGGUUGGUAUCCGUCGUGGAAAUCAUCAAGAGGGAGUACUUGGAGAGUCUUGACAUCGCGUCGAGUGAAUUGGAUGGACUGCACCAGUACAAUCGUCUUCUCGCUGUAAGACAAGAAAUUGGCGAGGGCACAGAUGGAGGUAUAGACCUGGCUCAGGCAUUGGAAGGGAAGAACCAUCCCAAACAAGUAUUCCACCCCUACAUGGAAGUAAUACUGAGCAAAAGUGUGUUGCCAGAUCAAGCAAUAGGAGAUGCAACAUACCAAGCUCCUGAGAGGAAACGGGUGAGCAAGGCAGCUAAGGAAAGGGCGAAGCGGCAAAAGAGAAAGGAAAGAGAAGAGGGUAAUAAUAGUAUUACGUAAUAGAAUAUUGUUUUCACGCGGGUCGAGUUUGUUACCCGGCUAGUUUGAUUUCAGCCUGUG